CCACAAAACAAAACAUCUGAUGCUGCGAAUUCUUCUAGGGCUUAUGACCUGCGACUGAUCUCUUCAUUUACUCUUCAAUUUCCCGAUCAACGAUUCUGCACAUUUUCCCGAUGGCGCCACCGCCCGGCCUUUACUCCGGUACCAGCACCUUCGCUUUGGUGGCACGUGUGUCAGCCUUCUCUGUUGGAGUAGUUUAUGGUAGCAUCAAGCUCAAAUACCUUAAGGCGAAGGCUAAGUCACAAAGAAAAGCCGAGGCAAAGGCACACCACUAGAAGAAGUAAAAUAUGAAAUAAUUCUUUUGGCUUUUUAUAGAUAUGAUUUUGGAUAUUUUUUGGGUUAAAAGUAUAUUUUUGGUAGAAAAUAAUAAAUAGUUGAGAACUUGAGAUUUCUAUCUAUGGGCAAGAAAAUGUCUUGAAUUUAUAUCAUCGGGUUAAUGCAUCUCGAUGCACUUGUAGUUUUUGAAUUGAUCUUUGUUGUGAUCUCGAUGCACUUGUAGGUUUUGAAAAUAAUAAAUAGUUAUCUCUGUUUACUUUA